CUGCGCGGCUCCGCGCUGCGCAUCGCGGCCCGCCUGCCGCCUACCGCCUGCCCCCUGCCCCCUGCCCUAGCUGGGCCACCUCCCCGGGCUGCGGGUGGAGGGCUACGAGGCGCUAACGUUACGCUGUUUCCGGUUUUCCAGCGGGUUUUGCUUCCCCUCCCAAGGCGGCGGCGGCGGCGGCGGCGGAGCGGCGGAGCCCCCCAAAUGGCCUGGCCAGAUGCGGCAGGUUUGCUGCUCAGCGCUGCCGCCGCCGCCACUGGAGAAGGCUCGGUGCAGCAGCUACAGCGACAGCAGCAGCAGCAGCAGCAGCGAGAGGAGCAGCAGCAGCAGCAGCAGCAGCAGCAGCAGCAGCAGCAGCGAGAGGAGCAGCAGCAGCAGGAGCAGCAGCAACAGCAACAGCAACAGCAGCAUCUCCCGUCCCGCUGCGCCCCCAGAGCUGCGGCGGCCGCAACAGCCGCAGCCCCGCAGCCCCGCAGCCCGGAGAGCCGACGCCCGCUCGGGAGCCGCAGCCGCCGGCGGCAUGAGGCGCGACCCGGCCCCCGGCUUCUCUAUGCUGCUCUUCGGUGUGUCGCUCGCCUGCUACUCGCCUAGCCUCAAGUCGGUGCAGGACCAGGCGUACAAGGCACCGGUGGUGGUGGAGGGCAAGGUACAGGGGCUGGCCCCGGCUAGCGGCUCCAGCUCCAACAGCACUCGCGAGCCGCCCGCUUCGGGUCGGGUGGCGCUGGUGAAGGUGUUGGACAAGUGGCCGCUCCGGAGCGGGGGACUGCAGCGCGAGCAGGUGAUCAGCGUGGGCUCCUGUGCGCCGCUCGAAAGGAACCAGCGCUACAUCUUUUUCCUGGAGCCCACGGAGCAACCCUUAGUCUUUAAGACAGCCUUUGCCCCCCUCGACACCAACGGCAAAAACCUCAAGAAAGAGGUGGGCAAGAUCCUGUGCACUGACUGCGCCACCCGGCCCAAGCUGAAGAAGAUGAAGAGCCAGACGGGACAGGUGGGUGAGAAGCAAUCACUGAAGUGUGAGGCAGCAGCCGGUAACCCCCAGCCCUCCUACCGCUGGUUCAAGGAUGGCAAGGAGCUCAACCGCAGCCGCGACAUUCGCAUCAAGUAUGGCAACGGCAGAAAGAACUCACGACUACAGUUCAACAAGGUGAAGGUGGAGGACGCUGGGGAGUACAUCUGCGAGGCCGAGAACAUCCUGGGGAAGGACACCGUCAGGGGCCGGCUCUUCGUCAACAGCGUGAGCACCACCCUGUCAUCCUGGUCGGGGCACGCCCGGAAGUGCAACGAGACAGCCAAGUCCUAUUGUGUCAAUGGAGGUGUCUGCUACUACAUCGAGGGCAUCAACCAGCUCUCCUGCAAGUGUCCUGUGGGAUACACCGGGGACAGGUGUCAGCAGUUCGCAAUGGUCAACUUCUCCAAGCACCUUGGAUUUGAACUAAAGGAAGCUGAGGAGCUGUACCAGAAGAGGGUCCUCACUAUCACUGGCAUCUGCGUGGCCCUGCUGGUCGUGGGCAUCGUCUGCGUGGUGGCCUACUGCAAGACCAAAAAACAGCGGAAGCAGAUGCACAACCACCUUCGGCAGAAUAUGUGCCCGGCCCACCAGAACCGGAGCUUGGCCAACGGGCCCAGUCACCCCCGGCUGGACCCUGAGGAGAUCCAGAUGGCAGACUAUAUCUCCAAGAAUGUGCCAGCCACAGACCAUGUCAUCCGGAGGGAAACGGAGACCACCUUCUCUGGGAGUCACUCCUGCUCUCCUUCCCACCACUGCUCCACAGCCACGCCCACCUCCAGCCACAGGCAUGAGAGCCACACGUGGAGCCUGGAACGUUCUGAGAGCCUGACCUCUGACUCCCAAUCGGGCAUCAUGCUGUCAUCAGUGGGCACCAGCAAGUGCAACAGCCCAGCGUGUGUGGAGGCCCGGGCACGGCGGGCAGCAGCCUACAGCCUGGAGGAGCAGCGCAGGGCUGCUGCGCCACCUUACCACGAUUCCAUAGACUCCCUGCGGGACUCCCCUCACAGCGAGAGGUACGUAUCGGCCCUGACCACGCCCGCACGCCUCUCUCCCGUGGACUGCCAUUACUCGCUGGCCACUCAGGUGCCGACUUUCGAGAUUACGUCCCCCAACUCGGCGCACGCCGUGUCGCUGCCGCCCGCCGCGCCCUUCAGCUACCGCCUGGCGGAGCAGCAGCCGCUCCUGCGGCACCCGGCGCCCCCAGGUCCGGGCCCGGGGCCAGGCGCGGACAUGCAGCGCAGCUACGACAGCUACUACUACCCCGCGGCGGGGCCGGGGCCGCGGCGCGGGGCCUGCGCACUCGGCGGCAGCCUGGGCAGCCUGCCCGCCAGCCCCUUCCGCAUCCCCGAGGACGACGAGUACGAGACCACGCAGGAGUGCGCGCCCCCGCCGCCGCCGCGGCCACGCGCCCGCGGCGCGUCUCGCAGGACGUCCGCGGGGCCCCGGCGCUGGCGCCGCUCGCGCCUCAACGGGCUGGCGGCGCAGCGCGCACGCGCGGCACGGGACUCGCUGUCGCUGAGCAGCGGCUCGGGAGGCGGCUCGGCCUCCGCCUCGGACGACGACGCAGACGACGCGGACGGGGCUCUGGCGGCCGAGAGCACGCCUUUCCUCGGCCUGCGCUCGGCGCACGACGCGCUGCGCUCGGACUCGCCGCCGCUGUGCCCGGCGGCCGACAGCAGGACUUACUACUCCCUGGACAGCCACAGCACGCGGGCCAGCAGCAGACACAGCCGCGGGCCGCCCCCGCGGGCCAAGCAGGACUCGGCGCCCCUUUAGGGCCCCCGCCGCCCGCCGCCCCCUCCGCCUCGCCUGCCCCACUGUCUUUAAGGAGAACAGAGACCGCCGACUAGAGAGAGAAAAGAGGAAAAAAAGAAAUAAAAAUAUUUUUAUUUUCUAUAAAAGGAAAAAGGUAUAACAAAAUGUUUUAUUUUCAUUUUAGCAAAAAUUGUCUUAUAAUACUAGCUAACGGCAAAGACGUUUUUAUAGGGAAACUAUUUAUAUGUAACAUCCUGAUUUACAGCUUCGGAAAAAAAAAAAAGAAACAACAAAAAAGAGAUGGGCCAAUUUUUUGACUCUUUAAUAGAAACCUAUAUUGUGGUGCCUUUUGCUGUACGCUAAUCUGGAGCUCCUGGAGAGAAGUCUGGGUUGCGGGGUGGGGGGAAUGUAGGAUCCUGAGCUGGGGGCUGGGGCAGGGGGUGGUGAGAGAAAGCGGGAGAGAAGAGGCUGUGGGGUUUGGGGUCAGGUGGGGGCGAGGCGGGGCAGGGGGCUAGGGCAGGGCUAGGGGGGCGCCCAGGAAGGAAAUGAGGUCCGGAGUAGCUUUACCCCCGUGCAAGAUCUGCAAGUCCUGGGUCCCCUGAGGAGAGAGUGAGGAUCCUAGGCUUGGAGCUAGAGUUGGGGUCAGGUAACCUCCAGGGGAAGACUAAGGCCCAGCGACAGCAAUCAGAAUGGGGAGGGGGCCUCCCCGCUCCUCACUGCUGCUAAGGGAGGGGGCACUGAGAAAGAGGUCUUCCCAACAGCCCCAGCCCCGGGGAGGGGGUAGCUCUGCCAGGGCCCCAAUGUUCGCGGCUCCUCCUCCUUCAUGGCCUCCAGGACGCCCCUCCGUCCUCUGCAGCACCUUCGUUUACAGGUCGUCUUUUCUAUUUUAUGCCUGCAUGUCCUUUGCAUUUCAGAUUCUUUAGAUUGGAUGCAUGGUCACGCUGGGACCGAGAAGAGCCACUCGACGGUGUAUUUGAUUUCCCUUUUAGCAAUAAAGUAACACCAUGUCGUUCUCACAGCUCCACUCCCAGCUCCCAGCCCACUUACGACUUCCACUCCCUCUCCAGCCCUGUCCUCCCUGCCCCCCAAAACUGGGUCCACUGCUAAUUUGUCAAAAAGGUAAUUGUUUAAAAAAAAAAUUCUAAAAAACAAAUGGGAACCCUGCCCCCUGAAAUGUCCAAACACCUGACUGUUGACACUUGAACAUUUUUAUAUUAUAAAUAAAAUCAGAAAUAACUCA